AUGGCCAUCUUCCGCUCCCAGUCUUUCUCCCGCGUCAAGCGCGCCCUCUCGUUCAAGAAGCGGGGCCGCAAGCAGGCGGCUGCGGACGAGCCUGGCGAGCCCGUGCCUGCAGCCGCUUCCGAGCCAACCAUUGCGGAGCAACCAGACGCGCCGCCGCCUCCAGCCGACACGUCCCCGCAAAGCGAGGCGCCGGCGCCAGAGCCUCCCGCCUCAACGGCGGAGGAGUUGGCGGCGGAGGAGGAGCCGGCGGUCCUCGUCAUCGCCCCCUCACCCUCGGCGCGGCUCGAGCCCGAACCUAUCAACGUGAUCCACCCGGCGGUCGAGGCAACCUCUGGCUUGAUUGCCUGCCUCGAGGGGCAGUCGUCGUCGUACUUUGACCUAUCAAAGGCGGGCGGCGCGGAGGCGGCGGAGGUUGACAGUGAGCUGGAGGUCGAGGCGGACGCCAGUGCGCCGCCGCUGAGCCCCACGCGUGACGAGCUCAGCGUAAUCUUUGGCGAGGCGUCCUACCCGGCCGAGGUGGCGGCGGCGGCGGCGGCGGCGAUGACGGCAGCGAUGGCGGAGGAGGCAACUGCUGCGUUGGAGGCGGAUGCGGUGGGCGUUGAACCGAUGGAGGGUCAGGCAGCAGCGGCCGAGCCGGCCAAGGCGCCUGAGGUGGUGGUGGAGGAGGAGAGCGCUGCAGCCAUUGAGGCGGUCCCUGUGACUGCUGAGGAUGAAGCCGAGACGGAGACGUCUUCUUGCUUCACGAGCGACGCGUCCUCAUCUUCGCUGCUGGCGGAGGAGGCGUCCGGCGCGACGGUGUUAGAGGGGGGGGUGUCGGAGGAUGAGGUGUCUGAGCCGGACAUGUCGGAGCCCGAGAUGGACGACGGCGCAGAGGACGGCGCUGCCGACGACGAGGGGGAGGAGGACGAGGCGGUUGCGGCGAACGCGAGGGCGUACGCCGACCUGUACGCUGAGUACGCGCACGAGGCGGCGGCACGCGCGGCGGAGGAGCCCUCGCUCUUUGACCUGCUCAAGCGGUCCGUCUCCAACAUGAGCGCAAGCCUGCUCUCACCCCGCGCGCUGCACUGCCUCGGCCGCUCGUCUGCGGCCGAGUCACAGGAGCCACAGCCAGCGGCCGGCGACGAGGAGGCGGCGACGGCCUCAGAGGCGGAGGCUGCUCCCUCCUCGCCCGAUGAGGAGUCUGUGGCCUCGGACGAGGAGGCGGUGCGCGCUGCGGUGGUCACGCGCGACCGCGCGCUGCUGCUUCUGAAGGCGGAGGCGCGUGAGUACGCUGAGCGUCGAGCUGUGGAAGAGAGCGGGUCGCUGAUGGACCUGCGUGGCAAGACAGUACGCGAGGUGGAGGCCGGCGCGCGGAUCCGCGUUUGGUACGAGGAGGAGCAGGACGGCGGCGGUAAGGCCCGCGUCGCCUACCUCGGCACCACGUCAGCCUACUCCGCGGCCGAAGGGCUGAGGGUGCUGUUUGACGGGUACGACGAGAGCGAGCAGGAGGUUGUCGACGCGGCGGACGAGUGGGAGUGGGCGCCCGACCUGCUUGGCCCCUUUGACGCAGCGCGGCUGCCCCGCGGCACCCCCAAGCCGCCUCUCGCUGCGGCGGCAGCCGAGCCGGCCGCUGCCGUGUCCGUACCGUGUGCCGAGGCGGCCGCUCUCGCCGGCGUCGUCCCGCUCACUGCUCCCGCGCCGCCGCCGACCGCCGCCGAAAAGUACGGCGUCUGCCGCUUCUCCGGCCUGAUCGCGCGGUACCGCGACCCAGCCACCGGCGAGCGGUUCGGCUCGGUGGACGCCCUUCGACAGCUGAGGGCUGCUAAGGCCGCGGAGGCGGAGGCGGCCGCCAAGGCUGCCGCGGCCGCCUCCGCGCCAGCUGAGGUGGCGGCUUAG